AUGCAAAUUCUAAUCUCCAUAUCCUCAAAACGUUCGAAAAUUGGGCGUAAACCAGCAGCAGCCAUGGAACGCUCUCUUCUCUCUCGCUUCUUUGUCCUCUCCAACACUUCUCCACUCUUCACUUCCUCAAUGACAAGUGGCGUUAAUUUGAGCAAGUACUUGAAAAGUACUGGUCAAUUUCGGCAGCGGAAUCUACAAAUCGGCAGGAAUUUUCGAUGCCUUUGCACUGUCUCAGUCUCGGAACCUGCCUCGCCCGACAUUUCCUCAAGCUCUGUAAAGAAAAGGAUAGUUUCUGGUGUACAACCCACGGGAUCAAUUCAUCUUGGAAAUUAUCUAGGGGCCAUAAAGAAUUGGAUUGCAUUACAGAACAUAUACGAGACACUCUUUUUCAUUGUGGAUCUCCAUGCGAUAACUUUGCCGUAUGAUACACAGCAAUUAUCAAAAGCCACAAGAGAUACAGCAGCUCUUUAUUUGGCAUGUGGUGUGGACACUUCUAAGGCUUCAGUCUUUGUGCAGUCUCACGUCCGUGCUCAUGUAGAAUUGAUGUGGCUGCUGAGUUCUGCAACCCCAAUUGGUUGGCUCAAUAGGAUGAUUCAGUUUAAAGAAAAAUCGCGGAAGGCGGGGGAUGAAAAUGUCGGGGUUGCACUUCUAACCUAUCCUGUGUUGAUGGCUUCUGAUAUUCUCUUGUAUCAGUCAGAUUUUGUACCAGUUGGUGAGGAUCAGAAGCAACAUUUAGAGUUAACUCGAGAAUUAGCUGAGCGCGUUAACUAUCUGUUUGGUGGACGAAAGUGGAAAAAAUUAGGAGGACGAGGUGGUGCAAUUUUUAAGGUUCCUGAACCUCUUAUCCCACCUGCUGGAGCUCGUGUGAUGUCCCUCACUGAUGGUCUUUCCAAGAUGUCGAAAUCAGCACCUUCUGACCAAUCACGAAUCAACUUGCUUGAUCCCAAAGACGUUAUUGCCAACAAAAUAAAACGUUGCAAGACUGACUCAUUUCCUGGCUUGGAAUUUGAUAAUCCUGAAAGGCCUGAAUGUAACAAUCUUCUUUCAGUUUAUCAGGUCAUUACAGGCAAGACAAAGCAGGAAAUUGCAGAAGAAUGCCAAGAUAUGAACUGGGGAACAUUCAAAAUCGUUCUUACGGAUGCUUUAAUUGAUCAUCUACACCCGAUCCAGGUCCGAUACGGAGAAAUUAUGUCUGACCCUGCUUACUUGGAUGACAUUUUGGCAGAAGGUGCUAGUAAAGCAUCAGCCGUAGCAGAUGUUACUCUAAAUAAUGUCUACCAGGCAAUGGGAUUUUUGCGCAGACGAGUAUAA